AUGGAGCCAGUUCACACUACAGCCGUGGAGCCAGUUCACACUACAGCCAUGGAACCAGUUCACACUACAGCCAUGGAGCCAAUUCACACUACAGCCAUGGAGCCAGUUCACACUACAGCCGUGGAGCCAGUUCACACUACAGCCGUGGAGCCAAUUCACACUACAGCCAUGGAGCCAAUCAUAGCCAUGGAGCCAGUUCACACUACAGCCAUGGAGCCAGUUCACACUACAGCCGUGGAGCCAGUUCACACUACAGCCAUGGAGCCAGUUCACACUACAGCCGUGGAGCCAUUUCACACUACAGCCAGUCCACGAGUCUGA